UUUGGCGAGACAACAAAGUUUUUUUGUUGUUAUUGUGCUGUUGAGGAGUUGCUUCUGUGGAGUCUUGGGGAUUGGUUCGGUUCGGUAUAGAUAAACGGAAAAUUCAUUUUCAAAUCGAACGGAAGAGUGAGAAAGUGUCUAAGACUACAUCAACAAAUUUCGCGACAAGAUUAGCCCAUGUCUAUGAGUAAUCUUUCAGUGGACGGCGAGUUCCGUUACAUUGUUCAAUGGUUUCAUGAGUGGAGCGAACUGCAACGUGAUGACUUUGUGUAUGUAUUGGUGGAAUACUUAACAAAUGUGGGCGAUGGCGGCGGCGGUGGUGGUGGUGUCUAUGUGAAUGGCGUUGCAAACUCGUUAGCGUCGUCAGGAGUGCAGGACAAGCCCAUGAGUCUUUUUCAGUGCCGCAUUAAGCUGUUUCGUGAAUGGAGCCCCAAGUGGCCAAUCGAGUUCAAAUGCAAACUGCAGGAGAAAAUCAACGAAAUCGACGCCAAUGUGGGGGAAAAGAUUAUCAAUGAGCUAAAGGGGCCGACGGGCCAUAGCGGCCACAAUGGAGACGUUGCUGUUCAUUUACAUGUAAAUGGAGCAAGCGGAGACAAUGAAUUGGAAGUUGAACCAGAAAUGGAACACACGGUACCAGCAGCAGCAGACACAGCAGCUCAGAAUCAGGCGUCAGAUAAUGAUAACCAUUUAGCAGAGGUAUUGCGUCAAGAGACUCCAGUGGAUGAUGUGGAUGCUGGCGCUGAUGGCAAUGCCGAUAUAAAUGGCCAUUAUGUCUCGGCCCCGGCUGCAGUGACAACGAUUGCGGUGAAUGCAUCUCCACAAUCGCCCGCCCCAUCCCCGUCGCCCCCGUCACCGCAGCCGCUUGUCGUUGUUGAACCUGUAGAACAGGUCGAGUCGAAUAACGUUACAGUCUCUUCCGAGGUGCCACCAGUGGCAUAGAAAAACGAGCAUAAAGUAAGAAAGAAAGACUUAAUGAGUAGUUAAGAAGUUUUUUGUUAGAUAUCUGCCAUCUCACAAUCUUCAAGAAUUCCAUCAAAAGCAUUCCUAGCCAUUUAAGUUAAAAGACUUUCGAAUAAUCCUAAUAUAUAAGAUCAUUUUAUUAUACAUUUUUUAUUCUCAAGCGUACACGGGCAAAAUAGCUUACCAUAAUGUUUUAGUAAGCUAUUUCUCUUAACUAUAAGAAUUUGCAAUUUGAAAUCUUAAAAUAUGAAUCAAAAAUAAUUAUUUCUUUAUUAAAACUAUGCGUAUGCUUGUAUGCUAUAAACUGAAUAAUUCUA